UCCUCUGUCUCUCUCUCUCUCUCUCUGCUCAGACAGCAUCAGGGCUGAAGCCAAAUGUGGGAUAUGGGUACACGUUUAACCUGUUUCAGUCUGCUGUACUGUAAUGGCAGAGAGAGAGAUCGAAAAGGUUAGAGAGUGAGAGAAAAUGUGCUUAACUUUGGAUUUUGGUCUGUGGGCUGCUGAAAAGAGAAAUUAAACUGGAAACUGAAUGUGAUGUUCUUCUUUACAGCCAGAACAAACUGUGUUCAAGUUUGAAAAGGAAAUAUGAGAUAAAGUACCAAGAGGAGUGAGAAAACCAGAAGUAACUAAGUCAAACAUGAAGGAUCUCGGAUUCAGCAAGUUUAAGUAUCAGAGGUCAAAAGAGGAAGAUGAUGUUAGUUAUACUGUUAUUGUUGAAAACAGUUCAAAUGAAGCUCAGACAGAAUUCUGCAAUAAUCACCUGGCUGAACAACCACACUUAGUAGCUGAUACAUGGCAGAAUACAAAGAAAACAGUUGUGAAGAAGAAAGCAAACUUCUGGAAGCCUGCACUGUAUAUCCUAUUAACUGUUUGCUCUCUUCUAAUAACCGUAUGUGUAGCAGUUAAAGUAUCACAGAUGAAGAAACAAAUUCUGCAGGAUGGCAAUUGCUCAUUAAGUGAAGCAAACAGAAGAAUGGAAAAUGCAGGUUAUUCUGGCAUUGUACCUGCAUCACAGGUAGAGACGUCUGCAGCAAAGACUACUGUUCAGAAACAAUUGGAUGCAAUAGCUUUCCUUGUGAACAUUACUGGAUGUUAUUUGGCAAACGUGGAGACUAGCUUCCAGCAGCUGUCCAAAAGAUCUGAUGAUACGAUGACAUUGGUACAGGAGAUUCAAGAUGUGACUGUGUCUUUGAAAAUGUGUUACAGUCAGCUUCAGCUUCUGGUAGAGGAAAUCAGAAGAGCGAUGGAUGCAUUGCAGAACAAAAUGGAAACUGAGCUUAACCACCAGUUAGUGAAUAUGUCUGAAUGCAUUGAGGCUUUGAAGAAAAAAUCUGCAGAACCUAACACUGAACGAUGUGCAACAGUUCAGAGUAAAGUCACUGAGAGUCAGAAUACAUCAGAUCUGGAGAAACAGCAAACUGUGAGGAAAAACACUGAAAGUAGCUUAACAGUUCAAAAGGAAGCUACUGAGAAUCUGGAGAGAGAAACCUGGAUGUCUGUGCAGACAGCUGAGAGGCAACAACCACCAACAAUAACAACAGUAAUACCAAGCAAGUCUCCAGCGACAGCCGUUUCCAAUGAAAUCAGUGUACGACUUGUUGGUGCGUCUUCACGUAACCAGGGUCGAGUGGAAGUGCUUUAUGGAGGAGAAUGGGGAACCAUAUGUGAUGAUAACUGGGAUAUUAAAGACGCUGAUGUCAUCUGUAAAAUGCUGGGCUAUAAAAGUGCUGCUACAGUUCAUUUAAAAGCCUACUUUGGGCAGGGUAACGGACCUGUCUGGAUGGACGAGGUGUUAUGCUCUGGCAGUGAAGCUUCUAUUGCUGAUUGCAAGUUUCAUGGAUGGGGCCUAUCUAACUGCAACCACAAAGAAGAUGCAGGAGUGACUUGCAAACUGUGAUUUUCAUGUGAUACAGAUAGAUUGGCGCUGAUGAAUUAAUGCUGUUGAGCUUUUUCCGGAAGUCACCUGUUAAGAUGCAAUUGAACAUCAGGGCCUAAACCUACUUAUCACUUCACAGUUGUUUUCUUAAUGCUUAGGUCAUUUUUCUCCUCUGCAUGGCAUUGAACUGGUAAUUUAUGUGACACAGUAAAAUGAAGAAUGUACCCUGCUGUUUAAAUGUCAGGUUGAUGACAGCAUUGUAGGCAUCCCAUAUACUUAUAUCUCUUUCCUAGUACUGCUACUGUCCCUUUCAUUUGACUGAGGAAAUAUUUUUCAACAUGUUUACUCUGAUAUCUAUCAGUCUUCUGGAAGCUUUCUGUUUUUCUGAAGUUAAUACAAGGAUGCUAGUUAUAGGAGAAAACAAAGUCUGGGUGAAAUUUAAGGACUAUAUAACAGGCAUUGCGUUUAUGGACAUGCAGCUAAUCUAUAUACAGUCAGAACUGUCAAAACUCAGCACUGGAAAAAACAUUAGUAGGCUUUCCUUCAUGAAAAUUAUUAAAAUACUGUUUUCUAAAUUAGCCCAUGACAAAAAAAAAAAAAAAAUUAGUGUGCAUUUUUGCAGGAAAUUAUGUAUUUUUAAAUUGACAAAUUCAAAGAUCAAGAAUGUCCAUUAUUCACUUUCUGGAGCUUUAGUAUAACAUAAAUACAGUAUAGCAGAAAAAUA